AUGGAAGAGAUGGAGGAGGAGCUGAAGUGUCCGGUGUGCGGCUCCUUCUACCGGGAGCCCAUUAUCCUGCCAUGUUCCCACAGCUUGUGCCUGGCUUGUGCCCGCAACAUCCUGGUGCAGACGCCGGACUCGGAGUCCCCGCAGAGUCGCCGGGCGUCGGGUCUGUCCGACUACGACUACCUGGACCUGGAUAAGAUGAGUCUGUACAGCGAGGCGGACAGCGGCUACGGGUCGUACGGAGGCUUCGCCAGCGCCCCCACCACCCCCUGCCAGAAGUCCCCCAACGGGGUGCGGGUGUUCCCCCCGAGCAUGCCGGCCCCCCACCUGCCGCACCAUCACUCCUCCGGGGCGCUGCUGCCUCCCCUUCCCGCCCGCAACCAGUGCCUGACCUGCCCGCAGUGCCACCGCUCCCUCCUGCUGGACGAGCGGGGUCUGCGGGGCUUCGCCAAGAACCGGGUGCUGGAGGGGGUGAUCGAGCGCUACCAGCAGAGCAAGGCGGCCGCCCUGAGGUGCCAGCUGUGCGAGAAGAGCCCCAAGGAGGCCACGGUGAUGUGCGAGCAGUGCGACGUCUUCUACUGCGAGCCCUGCCGCCUGCGCUGCCACCCGCCCCGCGGGCCCCUGGCCAAGCACCGGCUGCUGCCCCCGGCCCAGGGCAGGGUGAGCCGGAGGCUGAGCCCCCGCAAGAUCUCCACCUGCACCGACCACGAGCUGGAGAACCACAGCAUGUACUGCGUCCAGUGCAAGAUGCCGGUGUGCUACCAGUGCCUGGAGGAGGGCAAGCACGGCAGCCACGAGGUCAAGGCGCUGGGGGCCAUGUGGAAGCUGCACAAGAGUCAGCUUUCCCAAGCCCUGAAUGGAUUGUCAGACAGAGCAAAGGAAGCCAAAGAAUUUCUGGUCCAACUAAGAAACAUGGUCCAGCAAAUCCAGGUACAGUUGUCAGCUGACAAAGCCUCAAACCACAAGGAGAACAGCGUGGAGUUUGAGGCCUGCCUGGUUGCACAGUGUGACGCUCUUAUCGACGCCCUUAAUAGAAGGAAGGUGCAACUUCUUUCACGGGUUAAUAAAGAACAUGAACACAAGCUGAAGGUGGUACGAGAUCAGAUUUCUCACUGCACGGUAAAACUGCGGCAGACGACUGGAUUGAUGGAGUAUUGUCUGGAAGUGAUAAAAGAGAACGACCCCAGUGGUUUCCUUCAGAUCUCUGAUGCUCUGAUACGAAGAGUCCACCUGACUGAGGAUCAGUGGGGAAAAGGAACGCUCACCCCAAGGAUGAACACAGACUUCGAUCUAAACCUGGACAGCGCCCCCCUCCUGCAGUCCAUCCAUCAGCUGGACUUUGUACAGAUGAAAGUUCCCUCUUUAGUCCCUGCGCCCCCAAUUCUCCAGAUGGAAGAGUGCUGCACCCACAACAACAGUGCCACCCUGUCCUGGAAACAGCCGCCCAUGUCCAUGGUGCAAGCGGAAGGAUAUAUUCUGGAGCUGGACGACGGGAACGGCGGUCAGUUCAGGGAAGUAUUUGUCGGGAAGGAGACGAUGUGCACAGUGGACGGCCUGCACUUCAACAGUACAUAUAACGCCCGAGUCAAGGCCUUCAAUAAAGCUGGGGUCAGCCAGUACAGUAAGACCCUGGUCCUCCAGACCUCCGAAGGUCCCUAUCCUCGAAUGUCAGCCUCUCUUGCAGCUCAUUUGCAAAUCAACACCACCAUGCCCUCUCCACUCGAGUUCCUCCAAAACUCAGAACAGGAAACUUGUGUGUCUUCAGUGGCCUGGUUCGCCUUUGACCCUGGUUCAGCGCACUCGGACAUCAUCUUCUCGAAUGACAACCUGACCGUCACCUGUAACAGCUAUGAUGACCGAGUAGUGUUAGGGAAGACCGGCUUCUCCAAAGGAGUUCACUAUUGGGAGCUGACCAUCGACAGGUACGACAAUCACCCAGAUCCUGCCUUCGGUGUGGCCCGGGUUGAAGCGAUGAAGGACGUCAUGCUGGGAAAAGACGAAAAAGCUUGGGCCAUGUACGUGGACAACAACCGCAGCUGGUUCAUGCACAACAACUCCCACACGAACAGGACUGAAGGAGGCAUCACCAAGGGGGCCACAGUUGGUGUCCUCUUAGACUUCACCAGGAGAACUUUGACCUUCUCCAUCAAUAAGGAGCAGCAGGGACCUGUGGCAUUUGAAAACAUGGAGGGCUUGUUGUUUCCUGCUGUGAGUCUCAACAGGAAUGUGCAGGUAACACUUUAUACCGGUUUGCCGAUUCCUGGAUUUUACUCGUCUCGGGCAUCCAUAGCAUCUUAAAAGUGCCAGAAGGACUGAAAUUGCUCUUAAAGUCCCAGACGGUCAUCGCAUUGGAUUCAAAAGCAGCAAACUGUUCUUACGAAAAGCAGAAUGUAUGUCUGCAAAACAUUGUAAAUACAUAGGGGGCAGAAUAUAUGGGGUGCUCACAGAGACCCUCCAGCUCUAACUAACGUCCAGCUCUGUACAGGUAGACCUUCUCCUGAUGACCAGCGCUGACUUCUCCAUUGUGUCCAGCUUUGUACCUAUCCAUAAUGUUCUUACCUCUUCAUCAUAUCCCACGUUUGUGCCGUUCCUAUCAGUUUCUGUCCAGGAGGUUGACUCUAUAGAUCUACAUGAUGCUCAGUUCUCAAACGUACAUAGUGGUACCACCAUAGUUCUGCUUUGGUGUCCAGCUGUAUCCAGAGUGGUGUCACCACAGUUCUCAAGUUUUGGCACCCAUUAGUAUGCAGUGUGGUUCCACCAUAGUUCUCCAGUUUUGGUGUCCAGCUGUAUCCAGAGUGGUGCCACCAUAGUUCUCCAGUUUUGGCGUCCAGCUGUAUCCAGAGUGGUGCCACCAUAGUUCUCAAGUUUUGGCACCCAUCAGUAUGCAUUGUGGUUCCACCAUAGUUCUCCAGUUUUGGUGUCCAGCUGUAUCCAGAGUGUUGCCACCAUAGUUCUCCAAGCUUUGGUGUCCAGCAGGAUCCAGAGUGGUGCCACCAUAAUUCUCCAGUUUUGAUGUCCAGCUCACGCCUAGGUAUUGGCACCACCUUUCCUAUCUAACAGCUCUUCAUAGUACCAAGCUGCAUCCAGGGAGUUAAGACCUGUACUUCUAUCAACCCUCCAGUGUCCAACCCUAUCCAGAGUAUUCACCAUACAUCUCUCUGAUGUCCAACCUUUAUACAGUGUUUUCUCGACUGUCUCCAUGACAUCCAAAGAUGUCCACCUCUGUACAUGAUGUUCACAUGCCACCAGCUGUGCACAGGGUAUUCACAACCAUCUCACAGGGCUUUGUGGUCUCCAGCGAUGAUGAAUGGUUUCUCCACCGUCCUGGCUCAGUUGAUAUUUGAUUCAGACUAUCAUUACCGUGUAUAUACAUUGCCGCUAUUACUGUUGUUUUCUCCACUGCUGCUACGCCUCCAAGAACCCUAAAACUUUAAUCCCAGGACUGAUCCUGAAGAACAACACCAUGCACCUCCUCUGAGGUCAGGGGUACCAGUUACACCUUCGAUGUAUCAUCAUGUUUAAAAAAGAAAGUCAGAAGUUUGGAUGGAGCAGUAACUCUGGCUUAUAUCCUCCGUAUAUAUCGGGUAAUGAGGAAUGUGACACCCCUGAUCGUCCUGAUCAUCAUACCGUCUUUAUGGUGCUUGUAAAAGAAAAUUAGAAAUUCCAGUCUCUUACAAAUUUCUAUUUUCUAAUGGUUCAAAAGUGAUCAAUGAAUGCACUUGUAUCGGCAAUAUAGGCUUCUGUCCAAGGAUGCAUGCGGAAGGGGGGGGGGGGGCAAUAAUUGGUAAAUUCUAAGUUAACCAUUGGACGCCUACAGCUGCCAUAUACAUGUAGGUGUACAAUUACCCUAUGAGGGGCAGGUACAGGAAAGAGACCUUUGCAGGAAUGCCCAGUGGAGAUGGCCUCAGCGUGAAGCCAAGAUGGAGUCAGUGAGUUUUAUCAUCCACUUUAUAAUUGGAUGUGACAUGUCCAGGAGGCACCUCCACCCAAAACGCAUCCCUCCCUCUUACAUUUUAAUCAUGAAACUCUAAUCAUUUCUUUUUGGACUAGUGGGAUUUUUAAUUGUGACCCUCUAUGUGCCAAUGUGGGGGCUCCAGUACAGUAUUAUGCUGCCCCCUUGUGGCAGCAGUGAGGAAGAGGUUACAGUUUGUAUGACAUCACAGCAUAUGUAAUCAGUACCCCUGCAACGGACCCCUCAUUUACAGUAUAGCGGCCCUGUCAGCUCUCCAAUCUCUUUGAACUCUACAUUGUGUUGUUCCUCUGUUAUUCCUCCUGGAAAGAUAUAUGAAUAAAUUGAGAACUGGACAUCACCAUUUUUUGGUCAGGUGUGUCUAUGUACUGUCAGAGUGCAGGGACACGCAAUCAGGGGUGCACCUAGCCUUUUUGCUGCCUUAAGACAAAAACUGAAACGGCGCCCUAACCCCCCAAUGCCAAUUUUUUAUCCUAACCCCUUCCCUCCAGUCUUACUGUUAAAACCAUACUUGGAAAACAUUACACACAGAGCUCCAAAACAUACCGAGUAAUACAGCGCCGCGUACAGAAAAUCCCCCUUCCGCUGCGCCCCUCUUGCCCCUACCUGGCGCCGCCUGAGGCAAUCGCUUCAUUGGUGGUGCACCCCUGCAUGCAAUUGUCAGUUUAUUCACACAAUUCCAGGAAGUGUUACAGAGGAACGGCGC